AGUUGCUUCAUGGGUGUUUGACCUUUCUCAAUCUCACCCAUUCAUGGGCAAUUUGUUUGUUUUCAACUUUUAUAGUCUUGUAGAAAAAGAAUACAUAUUGAUCUUCUUGUCGUUGCUCUGUCUUUGUUGUUCUUUACUCUCAUGUCCUAUUCAUAGCCAUGGCUUUGCGUUUGGAUUUCAUCUGGGUUAAGGUCCUCUUGUCUUAAGUAGCUGUGUCUUUAUUCUUUACUCUUUUUUUGUCGUAUCAUAGUCAUGGCUUUGUGUUUGGAUCUUUGGAUUUGAUUUCAUCUGAAAGUUUACGUCUCAGACAAGUUAAUUAAAAUUCCCAUUUCACUUUCUCUGUAAGAGUGUGGGUGGACUGGAGUGAAGUGACAGAGCAAGGGAGAAAAGGGAAGGGAAGGGAAGCAUUAGUCUUCUUCAUCCAUCUCUGAUUCUUUCACAGUGGGCAAAAAAGCUUCUUUUUUUACAGAAUAGUUACUGUGUACUUGGGUUUAUCAAUCAAUGCUUUAAAUGCGGGCGGUUCAACCAAAUCCACACAUGAAAGCAGUUCCUACUUCCUUCCCUUCUCAGGUUCACGGGAAUAUAUCGCAUUUGGCUUGUAUUUCAGAAUUGAUGCUCGAGCAUGGCCUCAGAUCUACCGGCUGCCCAUCUGACGAUUAGCUUUUAUUCGUCCAUUUGCGGUGGUAGCUUAUGAGGAAGCAUGAAAUCCCUCAACUUGUUUCCGAAUCCAUUUGGUCUCUGAUUUCUUCUGGAGAGCUGGAGCAAAUUUUUGUAGAGGGUUUUCGUAGUGGAUCCAUUUCUGUCUGAGGUGAUUCUUGGAGUAGAAAAUGGAAGUCCGGAUGAAGAACUACAGACAGACGAGCCCAGACAGGGCUAGAGUUUGGAAGGAGCCGUCACCUAAGCACCAAACUAGAAAAGUUCCUGUUGUUUACUAUCUCUGCAGAAAUCGACAUCUCGAACAUCCCCAUUUCAUUGAGGUUUCGCUCUCAUCACCUGAAGGCCUUUACUUGAGUGAUGUUAUUGAUAGGCUUAAUGUUCUUAGAGGAAGAGGCAUGGCUUCCAUGUAUUCGUGGUCUUGUAAGAGGAGCUACAAAAAUGGUUAUGUUUGGCAUGAUCUCUGUGAAGAUGACCUGAUUCUUCCUGCUCAUGGAAAUGAAUAUGUUCUCAAAGGUUCUGAGCUCUUAGAAGAAUCUCAUUCAGGUCGUUUCCAUCCCACUGUUAAUACCAGGUUGAAGAAUCCAAUUCAACUACAAGAACCCACGUCUUCCCCUAGCCCUGAGACUUCUUCAUCUUCUUCAGGCAUGAUGGUUGGGAAAGGGGUGAAAACUUCUCAAGAGGAUGAAAUCUCUCCUCCACUCCAACGGCCAAGUCCCUCUAGCAUGUCUCCAGAUACUAGAGUAGGAAGCAACCCCUCUUAUUGUGGCUCUAGGAGCUUAACAGAGUACAAGAUCUGUAAGGGAGCUCAAGCAGCUGAUGCUUCAACCCAGACUGAGGUAAUAAGUGUGAGGAGAGAUAAGGCCAGAGAAACCUGUACAAGAGGUGUUUCAACUGAUAAUGGGUCAAUGGAGCUUGAAUGCAAUGGGAGUCCUGAGAACCAGAUUCUGCAUGUUAAGGAGAACUCUGAGCUAUAUGGGGAUGAGAUUUCCCCACCUCCAUCUUCUUCAAGCACUUCUUCUUCUGGCGGAAAGGUGGAGACUUUGGAGUCUUUAAUCAGAGCUGAUGCUAAUAAGAUAAAUAGCUUCAGGAUACUUGAAGAAGAAGCCGUAAGUUUGCCCUCCAAUAUGAAAUUCAAGCCUGCAAACAUGUUAAUGCAAUUGAUCUCCUGUGGGUCUAUCUCAGUGAAAGAACACAAUUUUGGCAUCGUACCUGCCUACAGACCUAGGUUUCCUCAUUGUAAAUUUCCCUCUCCAUUGUUUUCUAAAACAAUCAUGCUGGGGGAGUUUGACUCCUUGGCAGAGAAUCCAAGACCGAUGGGGCUGAGAUUGGAAGACAAAGACUAUUUUAGUGGAAGCUUGAUUGAGAGAAACAUUUACAGGGAAGGAGAUGGACUGACUGUUCUCAAAAGGUCUUCUUCAUACAAUGCUGACAGGACUCCUGAGACACAGGAAUCGGCAGCAGGUGACAAGGAGAGGGAGACUGGUAAUGUGCGUUUGAAAUGCAUCCCUCGAUCAACCAAACCCCCAUCGGGUAAGCCACCAAGGAAUGAAACAAUGAGAUCCCCUGUUUUAGAUGCACCCAGGAAAUCUUCGGCAGCUGCGGAGGUUUCACAACCCUUGUUUCAUGGUGCAAGCAAUGGUGGCAGCAGGAGAAUUACAGAGCCUUCCACAGGGAAGAGACCAUCAAAGAGACUAGACUCUUUCAGGGAAGAGGAGAAAGUGAUAAAAAUAGAAGAAAGGCUUGCUUCAGGAGCUCGGGUUAUAAUUCAAUCCCAAGGACCCUUGUGAAGAGAACAGAGGCACCUCAUAGGGAGGUGGGAUUUGGAUGGUUUUCAGAUUUGUUUCUUCUACAGAUAAUUAAAUAGAAAAAUAUUACGGGAGCAGUUGAAUGGGGGACUUUCAUAUGUAGUUAAUGAAGGAAGCCUUGUAUAGUUCUGUGUUAGAGCAAGUGUGGGUUUUGUUCUUUUUAUCUAUCAGCAGAAGGAAGUUGGCUGGUGACUGCAAAUUCGGGAAAGGAUAGAUAGGUAACAGAGUAAGCAGAAAAAUGUUUCAAGUUUUAGAGUGAGGCUUGCCGCUUGUGAGAUUUGAAUUUUUGUACUUGUUUGAAAGAAUGUGUCAGAAUUUAAUAGAUUGUACUCUGUUUCUAUUGUUUAA